AUGUUGCGGGAUCACUUUUUGCAAGAACUGAGAGACCUGGGCUUUGCGGGAAUCCAAAAUUUUCCAACAGUGGGACUCAUUGACGGAUUAUUUCGCGCCAAUCUGGAAGAAACCGGAAUGGGCUACCACCUCGAAGUGGAAAUGAUCGCAGCCGCCCAUGGGAUGGACAUGCUGACAACACCCUAUGCAUUCAAUGUCGAAGAAGGACAACUCAUGACAGAGGCAGGUGCCGAUAUUGUUGUGGCGCACAUGGGAUUGACAACCAAGGGCACAAUUGGCGCGCACACGGCAAAAACACUCGAUGACUGUGUGGAAGAAGUAAAGGCGAUUUGCAAUGCCUGCAAGUCAAUCCGAGGCGAUGUGAUCACGCUUUGUCACGGCGGACCAAUUGCCGAACCAGACGACGCCUCUUAUAUCCUUGAACGGGUCCCCGAAGUCGAUGGAUUCUACGGCGCCAGUUCAAUGGAACGCCUGCCCACAGAAGUGGCGAUGUACAGAGCAGAUCAAACGCUUUACCGCAAUCCGCAGGUGAGUUAA